AUGAUUAUAAUUUAAUAUUAAAAUCAUUUUUUAAUAUUGUUUAAAUUAAAAAAUAUCGCAAAUGUAAUCAAGAAAUUUAUUUAAGAACUUGAUGAAGAAAUCCUUCAAUGCAUGAAAUAAUAUUUUAGCUAAAAUUGGAGGCAAAAAGAAUAGCAGAAGACCUCAUAUAAGAUUUCGAAAAAUAAAAUAAUGAUUCAUUUUCUAAGUUGUUUGAAUAUCAUUCAAAUCCUAGUAUUGGUUAUUUAAUUCAUUUAGAAUUUAAAAAAAACAUUGAUGAUAAUAAAUAUUGAUGAAAUUGUAAUGAUUUCUCAAGACAAAAUGAAGAGGGAUAUUUUAUUAAUCUGA